UCUCCUGUGUAAGUGCAAACAUCUAAAUUCCCAAGAAACAAAAAGAAGUUUAAUUAGAGAUCCGUAAAUUCAAAGCAACAUCAACGUUCUUAAGCAUCUCCUUAAUCAUUUGUUUUUUAUAAAAAUUUAUUUUUAUUUUCCUGGAAAAUUUUUCUUUAUUGAUCAGAGAAAAAAGCUACUUUGUGUUUUCGAUUCAUUCAUUAUUGUGUUUUUUUUUAGCUGGAAGGUGUCUGAAUAAUUCAAUGCUCUCUUCUUCUCCUCCUCUCUAAAUCUCUCUCUCUCCUCCUCUCUCUCUCUAUCUUUGUCUCUCUAUCUCGUUUCUGAAGCUGCCAUGGGCGAUGAACACUCUCUCAUCCCAAAGGAUAGUUUUGUCUUCAAGCUUCCUAAAAAGUCCCCACUUGUGUUAAGGAUGGUUGUGCUCUUGUUUGUGAUGGUAUGUGCUGUUUACAUUUGCUCCAUUUGUUUGAAGCAAAUUGGUGUUGUACCUAGUGCUGGGUUCUUGAAUGUUGAAGUGUUUGAGAGGCAGUGUCCUGAGCCUAAUAUUGAACCUUGGGAUAUACCUUAUGUUCAUUAUCCUAAACCUAAGACUUAUAGCAGGGAGGAAUGUUCGUGCAAUCCCGUUAGGUAUUUCGCGAUUCUAUCGAUGCAGAGAUCUGGUAGCGGCUGGUUUGAGACUUUACUUAACAAUCAUACUAACAUAAGCUCGAAUGGAGAGAUCUUUUCGGUUAAAGAUAGGAGGGCUAAUGUGUCGACCAUUUUCGAGACCUUGGAUAAAGUAUAUAAUUUAGAUUGGUUGAGUAGUGCUUCUAAGAAUGAGUGCACCUCUGCUGUUGGUUUGAAGUGGAUGCUUAACCAGGGUCUAAUGAAACACCAUGAAGAGAUAGUAGAAUACUUUAAAACCCGAGGCGUAUCUGCUAUUUUCCUCUUUAGAAGAAACCUCUUACGCCGGAUGAUUUCAGUUCUUGCAAACUCUUACGAUAGAGAUGCUAAGCUAUUAAAUGGUACACACAAGUCCCACGUCCACUCCCCUAAAGAGGCUGAGAUAUUGGCGCGGUACAAGCCAUUAAUCAACACAAGUCUUUUGAUACCUGAUCUGAAGCAGGUUAAAGAGAUGACUUCAAAAGCACUUGCUUACUUUAAUACCACUCGCCAUAUCUUCCUUUACUAUGAAGAUGUUGUCAAGAACCGCACUAAACUAGAUGAUGUCCAAGAGUUUCUAAAGGUCCCAAAACUCAAUUUAAAGAGUAGGCAAGUAAAGAUUCAUCAUGGUCCGUUGUCGCAGCAUGUACAAAACUGGGAAGAGGUUCAAACAACACUGAAAGGGACCGAUUUUGAAAACUAUCUACUAGAAGAUUACCGCAGGUGAAUUAACUCUAGGAGAGAGUGAUGUACAUAAACCUCUCUCAGCAGAAAGGUCAGACCAACUUGGUAGGAAAGUUUUGGUAGUGCCACGAACAGGUUUUGCAAGUCUUUUAUCUUGUUUAGUUUAUCUCUGUUUCUUCCAAGGGUUUAAUCAAGUUAGCUUUUAAUUCGAUUCAUUCUUUAUCAGGUUACUAAGAGUUCUCUUGUAAUCGGAAACAAUGAUCUGGUUCAUCCUCUUAUUUGCUUCUAAUGAUUAGUACAAAGAACAAAGAUCUGCCACUUUGAUUGUUGGAUUAUGGAGUUGUUUAUCACAUUGGUUGAUAUGUAUUGAGUUCAGUUGAUUUUGUA